AUGAAACUACCCGGCGACUCUGGAACACAAUCGAGACGUAUGGAAAGAUCACCGGGGCCCGCUCCACCAAUUCAAAGAAUAGAAUUACCUGCUGGAGCGCCAAUAGCUGUCAUAGUUGAUCCUGGUCCUGGUGUUGUACAGGGUACUCCACCAAUGGCAGUCAUCGUUGAUGCAGCUGGUGGUGGACACACUGCCACUCCUGGCGGUGGACUCACUGCCGUCAUAGUCGAAGGAGCUCCUCCUGCUGGUGCUCCUAUCGCUGUCAUUGUCGAUCGUCCACCUAGAUAG